GCUGUACUGUUUGCGUGUGUGUGAAAAGAAACUGACAGUGCCGCUGCGUGUGUGUCGCGCGAUCGCAGCCAUGAAUGUAGCCGAUAGUGUUUCGCCCACUGCAGACAUGGAGUGCAGAGGCAAAGGAGUCCCUCCAACUGACGUGGAGACACCCAGCUCCCUGCUCGUAUCGUCAGAGACAGCUUGUGGUCUGAAGCAAAGUCGCCUCUUGUUCCCACCCUCCACCACAGUUCCUCCAUUACCACCCACCAACGGGGACACGCCCACGGCCACGCCCACUCAGCAGCAACAGCUGGAAUGUGUGUCUUCUAAUGGUAGCCCACCACAGUCGACUGCUCCCCCCACUACAACACCAAUGGAAAUCGAGGAGAGCGGUGAGACAAGCUGUGAACCUGUGAAAAGUACUUCCGUGGCUGUUUCUGAAACUUUGACAAAGGUGAAGAAGACGAAGGCACUGAGACUGGAGAGGGAGCGGCUGAGGGCAGAGGCGCAGGCUGUCAGGGAGGAAGAGAGACUCAGAAAGGAAGAGGCCAGGCUCAAGAGGGAAUUGGAAAAGAAAGCUCGUCGCGAGCGUCGUGAGCAGGAGGAGCGAGCGAGGCAGGAGAGGAAGGAGGCCAGGGAGAGAGAGAAGAGAGAGAAACAGGAGAAGAAGGAGACUGAGAGACGCUACAGGGAAGAGGAAGAGAAGAAGAGAAGGGAGGAGAAGCAGCGGGCAGAGCUAGAGAAACAGCUCUGCGCCGAGGAAAAGAUUCGCAAACAGCACAAGCUCUUCAGCAGCUUCUUCAGUAAACUCCCAAAGACCGAAGCUCAAACAAAUGUCAGCGUUCACACAACAGACACCCACUGGAAGGUCUGAAAAUGAAAGGCGAGGGGUCGGUUUUGAUGCCUCUGUAUUUGAUGGGAUGAUAAAUAGCCAGACCGAAGCCCAUCUGUCUUACCUCACUGACUGCCGGUCCCAUCGACUCCGUACUUAUAAACCACGCCCUGCUGAGAGUGAUGAUGUCAUCAUUACGUCGUCUCCGAAUGCACCGCCUCGACCGCAGAUGAAGCUCCUCCAGUUUCACUCCAACGUGCGUCCACCCUACUUUGGUUCGUGGAGAAAAAAGAGUGAAGUCGUAUCUGGGAGAGCUCCUUUCAGAAUGGACAAGAGUGUGCUGGACUAUGAGUUUGACAGUGACGAUGAGUGGGAAGAAGAGGAACCGGGAGAGAGUGUCUCUUCAGCCAGUGAGGGUGAGGAGAGUGGAGGGGAGGAAUCUGGCGGGGAGGAGGAGGGGGAGGACGGGUUCUUUGUGCCCCACGGCUACCUCUCAGAGGACGAGGGAGAGAGAAGUGAGUCUGAGGAAGGAGGGGGACUGCCUGGGACUCAGAUGGACAAGGUACAGGCCAAGGCGAGAGCCUGGGAGGCGGAGUUUCAGCGGACGUGUCAUCCAAAGAAGCCGGUGUGUAUCGGAUGUGUGUGGGUGAUGGGGGAAGGAGAGGGAGGGGAGGGGAGGAGGGAGGACCAGGUUUUCCUGUCAAAGUUAUCAGCUCUCGUGUUGACGGAGUCUCCGGUCAGAGUGGAGCCACUCACUCCAGUCACCACUAUCCCCACUGAGACCCACGCUUCAAGUGUUACAGACAAUUUGAAAAGACCAGUGCCUGAAGAAGCAAUGCCAGACCUGAUCCGUCUGGUGCACCAGAGCACGGCUGGACUUGGUAAACUCGUUAAGAUGUUCCAGGCUCACUGGGGGGCAGUACUCCAGAACAGAGGGACACCUCUAGAUGUUGGAGAGGUAGGGGAUGUGGGGCAAGGGGGAGUCCGAUCGACCAGGGACCGUGGGUCGCCACCAGCAGGCAGCGGCGGUCUCUCAUCUCCUCGCGUCAGGGAGGCGGUGGAGGGAGAGAACCACAGCGGGAUAUCCAAACGGCAAUUGGAGAAGAAGAUCCAGCAGAUUGCAGUGAAAGAAUUACGCCCGCCGUCGACCAAGCAGACGUGGUACGUCCACGAUGCCAUUCUGGAGAAAUACAAGAUUGACGGGGCCCAACUUGUACCUCUCUUCCCUCCCACACCGAAAUCGUGCUUGACUUCUGUGGCGGAGAAAUCUUGCAGUCCCGAGGCGUCUCUUUCUACCCCUGUUAGCAAGAAGAGGGCCAAGCGAAGGGCUGCUGGUAACACUCCUACACUCUUUGAGGUGAUUGCUAAAUCCCCCCAGGCUACGAGCUCGGCGACAGCGCCAGCUCAAAAGAGGUUAAAGUUGGUGCCGUCCCCGGCUAGAUCAGCAGCGAAGUCGACAGGUGACAGCAAACCACCGAAGAAGAGAAUUAGGCUGGAAUCACUGAGUUUGAGAUCCCCUCUUCCUCCAGUGGAGAAAGCUGGAGCAAGUGGGAGUCCAGUCAUUAUCAUUGAUGACACGUCCACUGACACGUCCACUGACACACACUCGCUUCAGCCAAUGGAUGAUUCCAAACCAUCCACCAAUACCACCGUCUCAGCCCAGCCAAUGGAUAAUUCUACACCAUCUACCACUGGCACCGUCUCAGUUCAGCCUAUGGACGAUUCUAAACCAUCCACUAGUAGCACUGUCUUGGUUCAGCCAAUAGACAAUUCGAAACCACUCGCCAAUACGACCAUCUCGGUUCAGCCCACAGACAACUCGAAACCAUCCACCAAUAAUAUCACUACACCGUUACGAAAGGCACAGAUUCCCGUCAAACGUCUCCCACAAAUCCCUGCUGCAAACCAGCCAACCCCCGACACUAAAACGGUGUUUGCUGACACCAAAUGCUUGCAAGAAGUCACUAACAGCCAGAAAUCAUUGGCUGGAACUUCAAACUCUGAGGACGGUGGCAAAAAUGGAGAAAAUCGGCCACAUGUAGACUGGCAGAAGCUUCUAAGUGCAAGCAGCUCAAAUUGCAACAAAGUCAUGGUGAUUGCUGACAUGCACUGAAAGAUAUUUCACUUCCCCGUGACAAUUUGUAUUAUGCAAUCUAUUGAAUGUAACAUGGCACAUUAUACACAUCACUCAAUAAUUAAACAAGAUGUGUAUUAUUAUAGUGAGUACUGUUUGAAUAUUAUUAUCGUUGCGGCAAUCGAUGCGGGGGAAAGGUAUUCUCAGAGAGGGUGGGCCGAGGGGCAACAAGCAGCCUUUGCAGAACUGUGUACAUCUCUCGGUAGCCUCCCUGCACGUGGCAAGAGA